GAGAAGUGUGACGAGCCUCUUGCCUCUCCUCUGCCUCACACAGCCUUCACCAGUUCGUCCGUAUUCUCAAAUGGAUAUGCGCCGGGAUACGCCAAGCUCAACAGGAGAGGAGGUGCUGGAGGAUGGUCACCUCUUGACAGCGAUCAUUAUCAGUGGCUACAGGUGGACCUUGGGUCCAGAAAGCAGGUCAGCGCCAUCGCAACGCAAGGUCGCUACAGCAGCUCCGACUGGACCACGCAGUACCGGCUGCUCUACAGCGACACGGGGAGGAACUGGAAGCCGUACCAUCAAGACGGGAACAUCUGGGCCUUCUCCGGGAACUCCAACUCGGAAAGCUCGGUUCGCCACGAGCUGCAGCAGGGGAUCGUCGCCCGCUUCCUCAGGCUCGUGCCGUUAGACUGGAGCGAGGAGGGACGGAUCGGGCUGCGCAUAGAGGUUUACGGAUGUGCCUACUGGGCGGAUGUCAUCAACUUUGAUGGGCAGGGUGUGAUUUCGUAUCGUUUUAAGGUGAAGAAGAUGAAAAUCAUCAAGGACGUGAUCGCGCUGAGGUUCAAGUCAUCGGAGAGCGAGGGUGUGAUUCUCCACGGAGAGGGCCAGCAAGGAGACUACAUCACUCUGGAGCUCCACAAAGCCAAACUGUUACUGCAAAUAAACUUAGGCAGUAACCAGUACGGCUCCAUCCUGGGUCACACCUCGGUGACCACCGGCAGCCUCCUCGACGACAACCACUGGCACUCGGUGGUGAUCGAACGGUACCGUCGCAACGUCAACUUCACGCUGGACCGACACACGCAGCACUUCAGGACCAACGGGGAGUUUGACCACCUUGAUCUGGACUACGAGCUGAGCUUUGGCGGGAUGCCGUACAGUGGGAAGCCGGUGGGCGGAGGGAGGAAAAACUUUAAAGGCUGCAUGGAAAGCAUCAACUACAACGGAGACAACAUCACGGACCUGGCACGCCGGAAAAAGCUCGACAUGUCGAGCUUUCGGAACCUGACGUUCUCCUGCGUGGAGACCCACACCUUCCCCGUCUUCUUCAACGCCACCAGCUUCCUGCAGCUGCCGGGCCGAGCCAAUCACAACGCGGUGUCCGUGGGCUUCCAGUUCCGCACGUGGAACUCCGACGGACUCCUGCUUUUCAGCAACCUGGAUGACGGCACGCUGGAGGUCUCCCUCGAGGACGGGAAGAUCACAGUUCACAUCAACGUGUCGACGGCGGCCAGACACUACAGAGUGGACCUACUGUCAGGUUCAGGUCUGAACGACGGCCAGUGGCACGCCAUCCGCCUGGUCGCCAAGGAGAACUUCGCCAUGCUGACGAUAGACGGCGAGGAGGCGUCGGCCGUUCGCUCCACCACACCUCUAACCAUCACCACGGGAGGGACCUAUCACCUGGGAGGGUACUUCUUGCAAACGCUGUUCCCGCCGUCGCAGCGGUCGUUCCAGGGGUGCAUGCAGGCCAUCCUCGUGGACGACCAGCCCGCUGAUCUGCAUGCGGUGGAGAAAGGCACCGUGGGAGCCUUUGAGAACGUCAGCCUGGACAUGUGUGCAAUAAUAGACAGGUGUAUGCCGAAUCACUGCGAACACGGCGGCCGGUGCAAGCAGACGUGGGACAGCUUCAGCUGUACCUGUGAUGGAACAGGAUACACCGGAGCCACUUGCCACACUUCCAUCUAUGAGCCUUCAUGUGAGGCUUAUAAGCACUUGGGCAGGUCCUCUGAUUCCUACUGGAUUGACCCUGAUGGCAGUGGACCCCUUGGCCCCUUCAAAGUCAACUGCAACAUGACAGAGGACAAAGUGUGGACGACCGUUGUGAACAACCUGCCGGCAAAGACUCCCGUCACCGGUUCAAGUCGAGAGAGACGCACAGUCCUGCAGGUCAACUACAGCGCGUCUAUGGACCAGGUGACAGCCAUCACCACCAGUGCAGAAUACUGUGAACAGCAAAUCGCCUACAACUGUCGCAUGUCCAGGCUGCUCAACACACCAGACGGGACCCCGUACACGUGGUGGGUGGGCCGUGGCAGCGAGAAGCACUUCUACUGGGGCGGCUCGGGACCCGGCAUCCAGAAAUGCGCCUGUGGCAUCGACAGGAACUGCACCGACCCCAAGUACGACUGCAACUGCGACGCCGACGCCAAGCAGUGGAGAGAAGAUUCCGGUCUCCUGAUUUACAAAGAGCACCUGCCGGUGAGCCAGGUCGCAGUGGGCGACACCAACAGACCAGGAUCUGAGGCCAAGCUGACUGUCGGUCCUCUCAGAUGUCAAGGAGACAAUAACUACUGGAACGCCGCUUCCUUCACCACCCCGUCAUCGUACCUGCACUUCGCCACCUUCCAGGGCGAGACCAGCGCCGACAUCUCCUUCUAUUUCAAGACCAGCGCGCCCUACGGCGUCUUUCUGGAAAAUCUGGGCAACACCGACUUCAUCCGCCUGGAGCUUAAAUCCCCUAAGGUGGUCUCCUUCUCCUUCGACGUUGGGAACGGGCCCGUGGAGUUAUCCGUGCAUUCGGCGUCGCCGCUGAACGACGACCAGUGGCACCGCGUGGUGGCCGAGCGCAACGUCAAAGAGGCCGUGCUCCAGCUGGACCAGACGUACCGGGCGUCUCGGCGAGCCCCGGCGCAGGGCCACACACGCCUAGAGCUGUUCAGUCAGCUCUACGUGGGCGCCGCAGGAGGACAGAGGGGGUUCCUGGGAUGCAUCAGAGCCUUACGGAUGAACGGCAUCACGCUCGACCUGGAGGAGAGGGCAAAGGUCACGCCGGGGGUCAAGCCCGGCUGCCAAGGCCACUGCACCAGUUUUGGGAUGUACUGCCGGAACGGAGGGAAGUGCGUGGAGAAGUACAACGGCUACCUGUGCGACUGCACCGACACGGCCUACGACGGGCCGUCCUGCACCAAGGACGUCGGGGGCUUUUUCGAGGCGGGAACCCUGGUCAAGUACAACUUCUUGCCCGAAGCGGUAGCGGGAGCCAGCAGGGACGCGAGGGUCCUGACGCACCAGCUGACGCCGCGGGAAGUCAACCUGACAAGGGAGGAGCUGGCGUUCAGUUUCAGCACGUCCAACGCUCCCGCCAUCCUGCUGUAUGUGAGCUCCAAGACGCAGGACUACCUGGCCGUGGUGCUGAGACAGAACGGUUCACUGCAGGUGCGGUAUAACCUGGGAGGCCUGAGGGAGCCGUUCUCCAUAGACGUGGACCAGCGAAACCUGGCCAACGGACAGCCGCACAGCAUCAACAUGUCACGUGUCGACAGGAGCAUCACCAUCCAGCUGGAUCAUUACCCUCCAGUCAGCUACAACCUGCCAGAUGCUUCAGACACUAAGUUCAACCUGGUGAAGACGCUGUUCUUGGGCAAAGUCUUCGAAACUGGACACAUAGAUCCGGUCCUGAUCGAGCGCUACAACACGCCGGGCUUCAUCGGGUGCCUGUCGCGGGUCGAGUUCAACGGAAUCGCCCCUCUGAAAUCCGCACUGAGAACAACAGCAACACAGACUCCAGCCACACCGACGGCGGGUCAGCCAGAAAAACAGCCUGCCGCCGCCUCGCCCGUGUCUUACCAGGGGAAACUGGUGGAGUCCAACUGUGGGGCGUCGCCUCUUACCAUCCCGCCGAUGUCUGCCGCAACAGAUCCCUGGCAUCUGGACAACACAGAUGCUGAAUUCCCCUUCAACGAGGAGAGAGUUAUUCCUGAUGGAGUCAACAGGGACUCAGCCAUCAUUGGAGGUAUCAUCGCGGUGGUGAUCUUCACCAUCUUAUGUACUCUGGUGUUCCUGAUCCGCUAUAUGUUCCGCCACAAAGGCACCUACCACACCAACGAGGCCAAGGGCAGCGGCGAGUCGGCCGGCGAGUCGGCGGACACGGCCAUCAUCGGCACCGACAACCCAGAGACCAUCGACGAAUCAAAGAAGGAGUGGUUCAUCUAACGGUCGGCGUUAAGACUCUGAGAGGAAGCAUCAGUUGCCGCAGAGAUGGAUGGGGGUUGAUUAAAUGACCGAUCAAUAUCGGCUAUUUAAUAAGACUAUAAUCUCCCAGAGAAGGUCUGGAUGUGAUGUGUGAAAGACAUGUACAGAAAUCUUUUUUCUUUUGGUUUGUUUCUUUGUUUUUUGUUUUGUUUUUUUUUUAUAUAUCCAGAGUAUUAGAAUGAGAAGAGAGGGGCAUUUAUUCAGCGGAGCACAGCUACAGUGUCAGAGACUGUACAUGUAUAUACUAACCGGCUUGUCCUUCUUUGUAUCGUGCUUGGGAGUUUUCAGGAGUCCUUUGAAUACUGUAUAUGACAAAUAAUUAUACUUACUGGGUCGUGUGAUAGCAAAGAUUUAUUGCCAGUCCCUGUCGCGUUUUAAUUUUAUAUUUUAACAAAAAUCUUAUAUCAAAAAUGAUCAAGUCAACAUGCCAAACUUUUAUUUAUUUUUUUUCCCCUCAAGCUGUGGAUGCACCGGUCUGUCAGCGCUCAUAUCCAUGGAAUGACGUGCUGCGUGAAUCGUGGUAACAGAGUGGAACACAGAUGCCAAAAGUCACUUUGUAAAUAUGAUUAUUUGUGUUAAUUUCUCCUUUUCUCAAAAGAUCUAUUCAGAGUCAAAUACAUAAACACUAAUGAGAAAAUCCAUAUCUAUAUGAGAGUGAUAUCAUACGUCUGUCCAUGAUGUUAUUUAUCUGUGAAAUACAGAGUUUUAUGUUUAGAUAUUAUGACGUUGGAUUGUAUGAGACAUCUCUUUCUGUUGAAGGGCAGAGAAGGGUUUCUCAGAGCAUGAUGGGAAAUCAUGACACCCCAGGGUUGGUUUAGCUCAGCAUGGCAGCUUUCUUUGAAUUCAGAAUGGGUGAAACCGUGAGCCUUUACUCAUUCAGACUCCAACAGUCACUUUGUUUCUUUGCCAAACACUUGAGUCUUAUGUCUAAUUUUUAAAUGAAAAUUUUAAAGUGUGUUUUUUUUUUCUUUUUCUUUUCUUUUUUGUCAUAACUUUACAUCUAAGAGAGACUUUAGGCAGUAGGUUUACAGAUUGUGCAUGCAUCUGUGCAGAUGUUGGGAUCGAUUACAAGUACCAGGAACGACAAAAUCAGGAAACGUGGCUCACACCAAUAAGGAUGCGUGUGUGUGUGUGUGUGUGUGUGUGUGCAUGCGUGCUUUUGAAAGCGGUCAAAAGCAGCGUUCGACAAAAAACUAAUUUCUUAACAGGGGUCUGCAACCAGCACAACACAUUCAAGCUUACUCAGUUAACAAUGACAACUGUUCAUCUUUAAUUUUCGUAUGCAGAAAAAAAAAAAGAAUCAGCAAACAAACAGGUAAAAACUAAUAAAAUGUCAGCAGAUCCUAAUUCUCACUGAAGGUCAGAUGAAGGCAGGGAUAAACACGGCUCUCUGAUCUCUGACCCAGGACCAGGUUAGCAUCAUAAUUGGCUUGUUCAUCCACCGUGCCUUCAAAGUAUGGAGCCACCUCGCCUCGCUCUGCGCUGCUUAAUUUCUGAACGACGACUGUACUGCUGCUGCGUGAAAUCUCUCUUAGGUGUUUUAAUGUAUCCUGAUUUAAACGGUGCUGUGUUUAACUGUCCUCAGUUUUCGAAGCCUGAUUUUGAAAUGUUCGUUUCUCUGAUGUCAAAGAAGGAAGCACAGCCGAGAGGGACCGUCUGCAGCGGGACGAGCGGCAUGCGUGAAAGAAUACACACCUCCCCUCUGUUACGCACACGUCUGGAGAAGCAUGAGUCAGUCAGAACAUUGUGUGGAAUGAGGAGGCAGCUGCUUCGCAAACACUCUGAACCGAGCUUCACUCUACAGUGCCAUCGUUAUCCGACAUGCUGUCGAAACAUGUACACGUUGUGUUUUCUCGCCGUGUUCUUCCUCUCAGUUAACGUUUACCUGUCGAUCCCGUCAUAGCUUUUGGAACCAGUCGAGUUUGUUUUGUAUGUCCUGUUUGGUCAGAUUACUCCAUCGCCGCCGUCACCACCUUGUGGGUGUUUGCCGGCUAUAGAUCACUUUAUGGGAGAUAUUCAGGCAGCUGGUGAACAGAGCCUGCCGUCUACUGAGGCCUCAAAUGAGACGUUUUCUGUUCUCUUAUCGCAUCCUUCAAGUCAAAUUAUUCAUUUUCUUUUCCUCAAAAUCAGACUAUAAACAUGUAAACAAACCCUUGAUAUCUAUUUUGAGUAUACCUGACAUGAUGUGAGGGGAUAAUCGAUGUUGACAGACUAGACCAUAACCCAUAUGUUUUGCUUUCAGUUCUGUUGAGUUGAAUAAAGAGUGUUUGAUCUUUAAUAU